UCUCACCUGAUCAAUAGACUUUUCUGCUUCUCUUGUUGUCAUUUUGACGGGUUGAACGUCGAUGGUGUGCAGUGCUUCAAUGCAAAUGAGAAUUACGAUAAUAUUCUUGACGAAAUUGCUGAGAGAAGUCUGCAAAAUGCAGAAAGUGAUGAAAAUGACGACGUUCAACCCGUCAAAAUUACAACAAGAGAAUCAGAAAAGUGCAUUGAUCAGCUGAGUCUAUAUUUCAUGCGAAAUAGAAACAAAAAUGUCCCAACAACUUCACUGGAUGUUUGUGCAGAUUUUAUUAAUAAGCCAAGUCUUGAUAAAUUACAGCAAAGAAGAAUGGACCAUUUUAUGCAGCCUAACAAAAUAUGAGUUAUAAUUGAAAUUGAAUAAUAAUAUGUAAUUUUUAAAUAAAGUAUGAAUCAAGUAUGUAUAUAUUUUUUAAAUAAAGUUUUUUAGUUUUCUUAAAGUUGUGUGUUUUCGUCAGUUCGGCUAAUCGGAACAGUCGGAUAAUGGGGACAAAUAGGUUACCGCCCGAUGUGUCCCCAUUAAGCGGAUUCUACUGUAUAUUCAAAAUUCAAAAUACGGGACUAAAAAAAUGUCUAUUUCAAAUACAGUGAAAUCUCCCUUAACGGUCACCUCCAUAUAACGGACGAAACUUUGGCGACCGAUAAUGUCGGGUAUUAAGAGGUUUCACUGUAUCACAACGACGCCGCUAGAGAUUUUUAAAUGAAAGUAUAAUGAAUUAAACUAUAGGACAAUCUUUACUUAAUAUUUUUAUUUUUUUCAACUAUCUAAUAUUUUUUUAAAAAUUAUAUCAGUUUUCCGUAUACUUGUAUAUCAGUAGAUAAUAAAAAUAAAUAAUAUUAAAAAUGUUAAUAUAUUUUAUUUGAAUAAUAUUUCAACAGUAUUAUACCAUAAGUACUUAUUAAAGUAUAAAUAUAACAUUUUAAAACUUUUUUUAAUAAGAUAAAAAUAACAACCCUGUUUUAGUUUUUCUUUGGUAAUACCUAGCCAAUAGGAACAAAAUCUAAAAUAAAUAGUACAUUCAACUUUAUAAACUAUGUAUACACUAUACCUUACAUAAUUUAAAUUUACAAAACUAAUUGGUUGUUAUAAUGUUCAUGGAGUAUUAUAAUAUUUAUUAGAAGAAUGAAUCUCUUUUAAUAAUGAUUGAUUUCCAAUUAAGAAGUCAUGGAAUUCUGUACAGGUUUCCUUAAAAAAUGUCUUCACUAUCAACAUAGCUUUAACUGUUUUUAUUUCCAUUUUAUUCAUUUUCAUCCGUCCAUAAGUUAUUCAUAUUUGAGAAAAUUCUUUCAACAUUUGCAUUUGAACCUGGUGUGCAUAUUAAAAACUACUAUUAUUUUAAAAUUUGGAAAAUAGCCAUAAUCAAUAUUAUUCACUGAUUUAAAAAUAUAUGUCCACAUUUCUGAUAAAGUUUUAAAGGAUUGAAUAUUUUCAUUGUGUUUUACACAUUUUUUAAUCAUUGUAAAUUCAUCAACUAAAUGAGCCUCAUUAAUUAAAUUGUUUUUGGGAAUAAUAUUUUUGAUUCAUUCAAUAGUAGUUUGAAUAUUAACCCAAUUAAAAUCAUGCUCAAUGUUUUUUAGUGUAAUCCACGUUAUACCAUCAAAUUUACUUAAAGUGGGAUUUGAACAUUCUUUUAUAUAUUCUAAACAUGUGUCAUAAAAUGUGCUGUAAUUUAUCAAGACUUUGCUUAUUGAUAAAAUCUGCACAAACAUCUAGUGAAGUUGUUGGGACAUUUUCGUUUCCAUUUUGCAUGAAAUAUAGUCUCACCUGAUCAAUGGACUUUUCUGCUUCUCUUGUUGUAAUUUUGACGGGUUGAACGUCGAUGGUGUGCAGUGCUUCAAUGCAAAUGAGAAUUACGAUAAUAUUCUUGACGAAAUUGCUGAGAGAAGUCUGCAAAAUGCAGAAAGUGAUGAAAAUGACGACGUUCAACCCGUCAAAAUUACAACAAGAGAAGCAGAAAAGUCUAUUGAUCAGGUGAGACUAUAUUUCAUGCCAAAUGGAAACGAAAAUGUCCCAAUAACUUCACUAGAUGUUUGUGCAGAUUUUAUCAAUAAGCCAAGUCUUCANUGUCAUAAAAUGUGCUGUAAUUUAUCAAGACUUUGCUUAUUGAUAAAAUCUGCACAAACAUCUAGUGAAGUUGUUGGGACAUUUUCGUUUCCAUUUUGCAUGAAAUAUAGUCUCACCUGAUCAAUGGACUUUUCUGCUUCUCUUGUUGUAAUUUUGACGGGUUGAACGUCGAUGGUGUGCAGUGCUUCAAUGCAAAUGAGAAUUACGAUAAUAUUCUUGACGAAAUUGCUGAGAGCAGUCUGCAAAAUGCAGAAGGUGAUGAAAAUGACGACGUUCAACCCGUCAAAAUUACAACAAGAGAAUCAGAAAAGUGCAUUGAUCAGCUGAGUCUAUAUUUCAUGCGAAAUAGAAACAAAAAUGUCCCAACAACUUCACUGGAUGUUUGUGCAGAAUUUAUCAAUAAGCAAAGUCUUGAUAAAUUACAGCAAAGAAGAAUGGACGAUUUUCUGCUGCCUAACAAAAUAUGA